AUUCAGCCAUAAUCUUAGCACCAAGAAGCAAAAAAUUUGUGCUGUUUUAAAAAAAUCGCAAAUUUUGAAAAUAUACGCGAUGAAUUAUUUUAUAUUUUUACUAAACUUAUUAUUGAGUACAAAAGUGACAAAUCAAUUCACUUUGGGCUAUUUUGACAGAAAUCGUCUCGAAACCUACGAAGAGAUAUCGAGUGAACAGAAUGAUAUUAAUGUCUUCAGCAAUCUAUCUUUUCACUUUACCUGCGAGGGUAUGCCGACCGGUUUUUAUGCGGAUGUGGAUUACAAUUGUAAGAUAUUUCACGUUUGCGAAAAUUUCGGCGACGGAUUUCCAGUGAUUUGCGCUGACAAUACAGUGUUUGAUCAGAAACGACGGAUUUGCACGGACGAAGAAAAUAUUGAUUGCCAGCACGCUCAUGAAUGGUAUUAUUUGAAUGAAUUAAUUUAUUCAAUAGAAAUCGAAUCAAAAACUGAAAUCAUAGAGGAAACUGAAUCAAAAGUGGUUCAAGAAGACACAAUACCUUCCGUUUUGCCACUUAUGAUUGACUAA